ACUGUGUCAUCUAAGGUUUAGCAGGUGGUCAUUAAGCGGCAUAAAGAGGCUGAACUUUAUCCCAGUGUGAGUGUGCUGGUGUUUAUAAGGAAGUAGCUCCUCCUUCCUUAUUCAUUGUUGCCAGUGUGGAAGCUUUGCGAGGUACAAACAUGCAGGUUCUAGUUGUGUUUGCUUGCUUUCUAGCAGCUUGUCUGGCCCAGAAGCCUCGCCCGUGCAUGAGCCCUCCUCUUCUGAGUGGCGAAAUGUCAGUGGCCACACAAAAUGAAAAGCUGUUUGCUUUCAUUCGCUACCUCUAUGACGCUUUGGGAGAGAGGGUCAGGCUCCAAGAGAUGGGAUAUUACCAGAAUCAGUCCUUCACCUAUGAUGCUCUUUUGCUCUUCAGAGAGGCCACCAUGUACGAGAUCAACAAUCAAGACCACACAUGCAAGAGGAAGCCCCUGAAGGUCGAUUUCCACCCGAUGGCAAUCCCGAAGAACGCCACUCUGUUGGGUCAGGCUGUUUUGGGAAGCUCCUCCGGCCCGGGUGAGGGGCUCCUCGUCAACUCGUGGACGGGCACCAUUCCCAACACUGGAGGACAUUACUUGAGCACAGUCACCGAAUUUGGAUGCAUACCUAUCUCCACGGCCUACCAAACUAAGUCUUUUGGAUGGAUGGUGACAAGUUUCGUCAACAAUGUCAUUGGUAUCCUGGACCCCAGUCAGCUCAAUCCACCAGACUUCUGCCAAGACGCGUCACACGAGGAGCCAGUUGAUUUCUUCAGCUUGUUCCAGAUGAAAUGAGUGUGUGUUUUCAAGUGAUACAAGAUGUCAAGUCACUCGUCAACUUAUUAUGCAUAAGAGAAAAUGAGCCUGUAACAAAUAUUCCUGCUUUUGCAACAUUUUGGGGUUACUUGUAGUCCUUAAAUUACACUUCAAUCAUGCUAACAUACACACUGUCCUCCGGAUACGGAAUAUAAGUUGUUUACAUUAGCGAAAAACACUUACAUACGAUGUUUUGGACCUCAAGUGGUCAGUUUUUUUAUUGUCGUUUUUUAAACUAAAUUUUGGCAUUUGGUGAUUUGUUUUUUAACUCAAUAAACGAAUAUCAA